AUGCUCCGUAUUCUUCUACCAAUUUUGGUGAUCGGUGCGCGAUGCGACCAACCGCCGCUAAUGAAAAGUGACAAAUUGCUCGAAUAUGCCGAGACAGCAACCACGGAAUCAUCAAACCCCGACAGCAGCAGCAGCAAUCUGGAGAGCAAUGUGACGAGGCUUCUCGACAAGCUCAUCGCGAGUCACGAUCGCCGAAUUCGACCGAACUACGGAGGACCCCCCAUCGAGGUCAACAUCACACUUCACAUCAGCUCAAUUAGUGCAAUCUCGGAAGUCUCAAUGGAUUACACCCUCGAUUUGUAUAUUCGCCAAAUUUGGAAGGACCCUCGAUUAGCUUGGGAAAGCAAUGUUGAUGAUUCUCUAACAAUUGGAAUCGAUAUGGUUAAAACCAUUUGGACGCCCGACACAUUUUUUCCCAACGAGAAAAAAUCGUUCUUCCACGAAGCCACGUCACACAACUCGUUUCUCCGAAUGGACAAUCAUGGCAAUGUGCUGCGAAGCAUUCGACUUACAGUAACCGCUAAUUGUCCGAUGAGCUUGCAUACGUUCCCAUUGGAUCGACAAGAGUGUGCAUUAGAAGUGGAAAGCUAUGGAUAUUCAACCAAGGAUAUCAUUUAUCAUUGGCAUCAGAAGAACGCGGUGACAAUCGACGAGAAUGUGCAUUUGGCUCAUUUCUCGAUUGGAGAGCACACGCACAUCGAGCGAGUGAUCUCAUUGUCGACUGGAAAUUAUUCAAGACUAUCCGCGUAUUUCACAUUCAAACGGAACAUCGGAUUUUAUUUGAUACAGAUCUAUUUUCCAUCGAGCCUCAUCGUUGUCAUUUCAUGGGUCUCAUUCUGGCUGAAUCGAGAAGCGGUUCAAGCGCGGGUGACGAUUGGUGUGACUACGGUGCUCACCAUGACAACGCUCAUGACCAGCACAAAUGCCUCUCUGCCAAAAGUGAGCUACGUGAAGAGUUUGGACAUUUUCCUCGGAGUUUGCUUCUUUAUUGUUUUCGCUUCUCUACUCGAAUAUGCCGCAAUUGGAUACUUAUUAAAAAGGAAGAAGGGAAAACAGACAGCUUCUCCAAUUCAAUACUACGAAACAGGCGAUGGCGCAUUGAUGCGAGAAGCAAGCCGAAAACGAAGCAAAAAUCGGCGUCAGAGUUCCGUUGUGAUGAAGAACAACAAUGUUCAUCAUCGACCAUCGGAACAGAUCGAUCAAAGGAUUCCCCUUCUGUCGAUGGUUGCGAUGCCUCCGAUUCCAUUCAAGACUGAGCAGAAUCGCUCGUCGGGAAUAACACCGGCCCAGGUGGAUCUUGUGUGUCGCUUCCUGUUCCCCGCCGUUUUCGUUAUUUUUCAUAUCAUUUAUUGGACAUAUUAUAUCAAUCAGUAG